AUGCCGUCAUUCCUGCUUUCGCGGGGUACCUUUACCCUGCUCGUGGCGGUCCUUUGUCUGGCCUACCUCCCUGGCAAGGUCGCCGCAUUUGGUGCGGGAAACAUCCCAUCCAUUGCGCAGGUUCGUGUUCUUGCUCAAAUUCUCAAUGUUCAGUUUCCUAAAUUGACGCAGGUAGAAGGGUUCAACUGGCGACAUGGAGAUAUUGAGGACAUGCUCACGAGUCUUGCGUUUUUGCACGGCAAGAAAUGGAGUUCAAUGAAUGUGAAACGUGUGUACUUUGGCAACUGGCUCCGCGACUACUCGCAGGCCGUCGACGUUGGCAGUCUCAAAGGUGUCAACGCCGCAACCAUUCGCAUUCUUGUUUGGGUUCUUUCUUUCAUGGCUCACGGAUAUGCUACCGAUGAAUUCGAAGUCACCGACGAACGCCUUGGCUGCUACCGACCCGAAGAGCACAUUGACAACCCCCUCGGGUAUGCCGAAGGUGUUGAUGCUCGCACGCUUGAUCCACGCCUAAGAGGACCCGUUAGACCUGUUGAAACCGAAAUUGAUAUGGAGACUGGCAUGAAGAAUUACAUCAAGAACGAAAAGGGCGACUGGGCGACCAGUGCUGGCUAUCUGCGAUUCAGCAUUGCUCGCUGCAUUCACUUUGGUCGCAUCUAUACCAAUGGAGACAAGGGCAAAGGAAAGGAAGAGAACCUUUGUGAAGCUCUACGAUGCCUUGGUCAAGCCUUGCACUGUCUGGAAGACUACAGUGCUCACAGCAACUAUUGCGAGCUUGCUCUUCGAGAACUGGGCCACCACAACGUGUUCCCUCACUGCGGCACUCAAGCUGAGAUCAACGUUCGUGGCAAGAGAAUUUAUCCUAUCAUUACUGGAACUUUUGGGGGUGUUGACUUCCUUCACUCUGUCAUUGGAGAAGCCAAUGAUCACUUCACCCAGUCCGAGGUCGACGAGGUCGACGUUGCUUUGAAGAACGCCGAAUCUGCCCGAAGCGGUGGUGGUGGUUCAACCGAUCGCGGCUUUCUCGGUGUUUCUGCGCCAAAUGAUUUCAUCUCACUAGUUUCUAAGCUCCCCGGCGAGGGAGACAGUUUCGCUGCUCAAGCCAGAGAGCUCCAGGCUAUGUCUGACGCUCAAGAUCAGCAGAACCGGUCCAUGGACCGAGGCAUGGAUCGAGCCAGAGCGGAAGGAAAUACCAACAUUGUUCCGGGUAUGAGCCCCGACUUUGACCCUGUCAAGACUGCGAGACAGAUUUACCCGAUUCUUCAGUUCAGGGACAGAAUUGUCAAAACAAUCAGCCGAGGAAUCGCCAAGAUCCCUGGCCUUGAGAAGCUUCUCGAACACAUCAGCGAAACUCUGACCGCGUUUGUCCUCGGACUUCUCGCCCCCUUUAUCCGUCCCAUUAUCAACCAAGUGUCCAAGGUCCUCAAAGAUGGUUCUUCGGGCAUUAUCUCGGCUAGCUCCAAAUCUCAGCUGGAGCCCUGGGACAAUCCUCUUUGCUCGGAUCCUACUCACUCCAUGUUAUCGAAGGAUCAUUUUACCAACAUCCUCAACUCUUGCGCUGGUCGCGUCGCUGCAACCUGUCUGCAGUAUUCUGUUCCUCGCAUUCUCUUUGCCUGGGACAAUAUUGGUGUGCCCACCGACGAAGUCACCAAUGAUAUUCUUCGCGCCUUGCACCACCCUGCCCUUCGCGAUGAAGGUAUCGAGAUUCAGCGAGACAUGUUCAAGACUGUUCGAAAGUGGGCUGACGAACAUCCUCGUCGCCAUGAACUGGAUCGGCUCUUGUCUUCCGAAUCUGUCAAGGCCGGGAAGAACCAUAUUCUGAACCAGCAAGGAGGCAGUGGCAAGCGCGAUAUUCACUCUUGUGGAGGCGGCUUAGACUCAGCACACGCGGGCCACGGCAAGGUUGCCGGCUCGCUCUGGUCCCAAAUUCAGACACGAGACUUGGCCUCGAUUCAAGGAGGCGAUGGAAACGCCAGUGAAAACUACAUGUCGCACUCGCCUGCGCCACCGACAAGUCGCCCGCCUCCAUCGGACGGAUACAACUACAGCCAGCCAACAUCCGGGCCUCCAGGGGGAUACAACCAACCGCCCCCGAAUCCAGGUCAAUACUUCUCUGGAUAUAGCCAGGGACCUCCCCCUCCCCAGCAAGGUGGCUAUGGUGGCGGGCCUGGAUAUGGAGGUCCUCCCCAGGGUCCUCCCCAAGGUCAAUGGGGUGGUCCGUCGCCGCCCGCCCCCCAAGGGUACGGCGGCCCUGGCUACGGCGGAGGCGGUUACGGUCCUGGACCUGGCGGCCCUCCCGGCCCUGGCUAUGGCGGUCCUUCAUCGCAGCAGUACCCGCCAUACGGGCAGCAGCCUCCUCCGGGUCAAGGCCCACCCAACUCGUGGAAUCAGUAUCCUGGACAAGGGUCUCGGUACUAG